AUGGCAGAUGAAUCAUCGAAUAACAUCAACGUAUUGUCACUAGAUGAAAGUGUCAUUAAUUUGAAUGAUGAUCUCCCAAUGGAGUCAUCAGAACACUCCUUCAGCUCAACUGAGCUACCUUCAUCAAUCAGCACCCCUCAUAAUUUACAUCCACAUUCACACAGAAGAACUGGCUCGAUAACAUCAUAUAGGAGAAGCAUUGACAAUGAAAGCGUUUUACUGUCAGGCACUUUUUUCAAUAUUGACGAUAAGUCAGCUGCGGUAUACUCACCAUUGGGCCCAAACUCAAUAUACGAAUUGACGGUCGGCUCUGAUCAGGCAAGGUCGAGGAAAAAUAAAGCGCCGAGAAACUCGGUGAAAUUGAAUGGCGGGACGACAUUGGUGUCUAAUUUGAAUACACCAACUUCACAUGAUAUCCCGCAAGUACAACUAGAGAGGUUGAAAAAGAAAGUUUCAAACCGACUGAUAGAGACACGAUACGUUGAUGAUAUAAUUGACGAGUAUAAAAAGUUUGAAGAAAGUUAUAAAGCAUUAACGGAGGAAUCAUUGCGAAAAUUGUCCAACUCGAAUACUAGUACGGCUUCUGCAUUUUCGUCUGUUGAACACAUUGACCUGAGCAACCUGCUAUCAAACGUGCCAGAAGUGUUUCUUGACCCUGAUUUCAAACUAGAUGAUCCAAGAACAUUCAAAAAGGUGUUGGAAAACACAAAUCUUAAAUUAGAGGAGGACCAUAUCAUUAACGAUACGAGUUUACAGGAGAAAUUUUCAAACUAUUUAGACAUUGUGGAGAUAAAUUUGAUUUCUGAGAUUGAAAAGUCAUCAGACUCGUUCUUUGAUGCAAUUGGUGACAUUGAAAAGAUUCAAUCAAAGUCAGAAAACUGCGUGCAAGACUUUAACAAGUUGACCCUGAAACUUGAAUCACUUGAGAAGAAUCAAGCUAAACAAGGAUUAAAGAUACUUGAGCUGAUGCUACGGAAACAGAAUGUGGAGAUGUUAGAGAGGACAACAGUACAACUUCAAUACAUUACAAUAACAUUUCAACUAGCCAAUAUAUCCUUCCGUGAAAACAACUACUUCAAAUGCUUGAAUGAAAUUGUGGCAACAGAGGCAUUGAUUACGGGAGUGGAGUUUGCAAACGUGGAGGAUCCUGAAAUUAGGCGAGUAUAUCCAAAGAUUGAAGUUUCCAAUUUAAGUAAUGUCCCUGCAUUGAUCCAUUUACGUAACGAUUUACACUCGCUCAAAACAGACUGUUCAAAGAAAUUCACUGACGACUUUGUGGAACUUUUAUUGGGCGAUAUCAAGUCACACUACCAAAGCGUUCCAUCGCGAGAUACUUUGAACCGAAUGUACUCCAAAAUGGACGGUUCAAGGAAGUAUGCCACAAAUCCUAUCAAUACAUCAUACCUCAACAUUGAAGGAGGCUUCAAGCAGAAACUAAGAGAGUACGUGGAGUAUUUGGGAAAAGCAGGACAACUAAUCAAUGCAUACGCGGUAUAUCAAAACCAAUUCAUAGGAGAAAUCAAAAACAUUAUAAAGCAGAAUCUCCCGACCCAACAAAAGCCAGAAGAUUAUUCGCAAACUUCAACCCAGAGUACUCCCGGCCCCAAUGAAAACGAAAGCAAAUCCAACGCGCUAAGUGCCAACAUCAAAAUCCUAACUCCAAAAGAGUUUGAGAGUAUGCUUGCUCAAACUUUUGCUCAAUUGUCUGAAUGUUUGCGUAGACUUUCGGUGCAUCAAAAGCUCUUGCUCGAUGUUGCUUUAUCAAGCGUUUCUUCAGAUGUCAAUAUAAUGUCGUUGGAUAUAACGAAAGCAAUUCACAAGGCAAUAGAGUUGACCCAAAUCCGCUUGAUGAAGGUCUUGAAUGUGCGUCAGGACCAAAUUAGUGAUUUACCACUUACACUUUAUCUUCGACUUUACUCAAUCACGCUGGCUUAUUUAAGCGAAUGUGAACAGAUAAAUCCAGCAUUUGAGUUUACUGGAGCUGGAAAUGUUUUGAAGGAGUGGUUUCCCAAUAAAUUGGUAUACUACAUACAUAGACUUCACAACAACCUUUCGAGACUGGUAGCAAAAAGCUGUAUGAGCGAAAGCUGGAAGGUUGUAGAUGAUCCUAAGGCAUUGCAACCAGCCCAGAUUGCUUUGAAUGAAGUUGAGGGCUACAUCGAGUUCAUUCAAUCUAAUGGCGCAAGAGGCUUUUCAGGGUCUGAGUGGUUAGCAUCUAUGGACUUUUAUGACAAUGGAACGGUGGAGGAAGUUCAAGAGGAUAAGCUGGAGUUUUCUGCAACCAAAUUGGAUAUUUACGGGGACGAGUUCAUGGUUCCUCAUUUAGCUGUGGUUGUGCUGGGUCAUGUUAAGGAGUAUAUGGCCGCAUCCAAAGCUUUCCCCAAUCAUUCUUUGACUAUAGAGAACAAUCUUUUGAUUUAUUUUCGCGACUUAAACUCAAGGGUGUCACAAGCAGUAUUGGGAGCCGGUGCCACGAGGACUGCAGGCUUGAAGCACAUUACAACGAAGCACUUGGCACUUUGUACUAGAUUUAUUGAAUUCAACAUUGCUCUACUCAGCGUAUUACAAGGUGGGUUCAAAGAGACACCUGAGCAAAAUGAGCAAUUGACAUUUAAAACAAUGAUUGCCGAUUACAAGAGCCAUGAAACUGAGCUAUUUGCUAAGGUCAUCACCAUAAUGGAAGAGAGGACGGUAUUGAGCUGUAACAAGCUUCCGGAAAUCAACUGGGCAGAGCCAGUGAAGCACCCACAACAAUGUCAUUCGUACAUGGAGAGCCUCGUGAGGGACACGAUGACUGUUUCAAAGGUGUUGAUGAGAUACUUGCCAGAAGCAAAAUACUCAAUUAUUCUUUUGCGUAUUUUUGACAAUUAUAAGCGACUUUUUGUGGAGACAUAUUGCACAAGACUACCUCCAUUCAAAGACUUUAACGAAAAGCAUAACGUGCUUCGGGACGUUGAUUAUUUCAGAGUCAAAUUGAGUGAGAUUUCGGGGUAUAAAAAUUCUGGACAAGUUAUAUGGGAGAAUGUGAAUCUGAUGCCCACAGAAGAGGACACAAAGAUGGAUGAAGUAAUGCGUGGCAACUCCACCGUGGAGAGUGCUAAAGAAGAGCCGCCUACAAAGCUGAAAAACACCUUUGAAAGACUUGUCUCAUCCGCGAGAAACUCCUUUGAACGAGGUGUAACUCCAAAGAAGGAAAAUGGGGCUGAACAUACUCAGUCUAAUACCAGCAUCAAGGAGGAAGGUGAGGUGACCAAUCCGGUUACUCAAGAAGUGAGUAAACCAGCAGCAUCAGAGCAAGUUUGGAAUCAACUUGGUAAGGAAGAUACUCCAGAUAGCUCGAACGUGUUGUUUGAUGCUGAGGUGGUUGAAGAUCAGCUGGAGUCGAAUGAGCCUUCUGAAGAAGUGGAAAAUGGUGAUAAGACAAAGGAGGAACUGAUUGUGACCGUCAAUUCUGAAGACUCCAGUAGAGACAGGGUGACGAACGAAAGAGUUGAGGAAAAAGUCUAUCCAAAUCAUGUGACAGAAACAAAUGAGCACAGUGAAGCACAGGCUACCUCAGAAGGAUCACUUGAAGAAAACAGCAAAUCAAAUAAAUCUCCGGCAAGUCUGGCCUUUGACACUGUCCUGAGUGUGACAACCAAAUUGAAGGAAGAUACGAAGCAAAACACAGCCAAUAAAGAAGACGCAACCGCUGACUCUCCUUCCUUAGAAAACAGCAACUGUAAAUCUAGUGACUUAUCCAAGGACGAGACAGUUCUUGAAGACAAAGUUUCCAACACUCAAAUUCGAAACCAAGAAAGCAACGAUGCUGAGAAAGAAGAACUUGCCAAACCGGAACUGACUGUUGACCAACCCCCGUUGUCCAUCACCUCAACCGAGUCUAAUGGGUCAACCAGAGAUGAAAAAAGCUCAGUCUAUAUAUCACCAGAACUGCAAGAAAAGGCCAAUAGUGCGAACAACGACAAGAGCGAAGUAGCGCGGCCAGAUAUUACGGAUGAGACCGCGAAUGACAGCCCCGCAAAGGAAACUCAUGGAAAUGACAAAGUACUGUUGGAAAACCCCCCAUCCACGGUAGAUAUUGUUGGUGAAGAAGCAGCUCAAAAUAACCUCCAUGAGAGCGAUAAAUUAGCAAUGGCGGGAAAACUGACUGACAAGCAAGAGAGCGCUAACGGUAAUGCAGAGACCGACGCAAAGCAACCGAACCCGCCAGUAACCAAGACGAAGAACCAGAAGAAAAAGAAUAAAAAGAAUAAGAAAAAGAAAAAUUAA